AUGCUGAUUCUCCUCUUGACGUUCCACGAAUUUCUAAUCGAUUUGAAGAACAAAAUAUUUGCCAGGCAAGUUGAAGAAGAAGAGCCUCCGAUUAAAAAAUUGCCUUCCGAAGUUCUUGGUGCCAUUUUUGAAAAGGUAAGUUUUCGUCACAUUUUUUUUUCUAAAUAAUUAUAUUGUUUUUUAGCUCGAAUACGAAGAUGUUCGAAAUUUGAAAAACUCGUCAAAGUUUCUUCUAAAUGCUCAUAAAUUAGAACGUCGGAUGAUUGUUGGUCCAACAUGUGAUGCUUAUGUGUAUUACAACAAAAAACACAAACUACGAUCAGAAAUAAAAAUUAUAACAACAAGAACAAUUCCAUUUGACCAAUGGAGUUAUUACUUCAAAAAUGCAAAUUGCAGUACAUUUCAAAUGAUUAUAAAAAACGAAGAAAUACCAUUGGAAACGUUGAAGGAACUUCUUUGCUGUAAAAAAUCGAUCAAGCAUUUAAGCUAUUCCGGAAAAUCAAUCAAUCAGAUGACUAUUGAUCUUCUUGCUACAUGUAAACCUCUAUAUUUUAGAAUUGCUGUGAAUGAUUGGAGUUUUAGUAUAGCCGAAAAUAGAAUUUUCAUAAUUUGUGAAAAUAUUGAUGAUGUUGUUGAAGCAAUCAAAUUCACUUAUCAUUCGAUAAUUGUUUUAUACCCGGAAAUUUAUGAGAAAAACGAACAAUUCUUGAUGGUAAGUUUUUUAGAACGAAUCUCGAGAUCAUUCAAAAAAUCAUAGUGCGUCAGAACUUCAUGUUAUAUAUUUUCAGAAACUCAAACCUAACACGGAAUGUGAAAUGCCUCACUAUAUUAUUGGUUUGCCUGAGAAUACAAAUGAACAGAAAAUUCAAUCGACAAAGCUUUUUUUGGAGAACAGUCUUUCAAAUGUUUAUGGGGUUCGUGUGGAAUGCAACGUUGCCAAAGACGCCACAGGCAUUUCUAUGUAUUGUGUAGUGGUUUCUAGAUAAAUUUUGAAUAUUUUUUAAUCAAAGUUAUACGAUAAAUAUUGAUAUAUUUAAUUGUUUCAUACCAUCUUUUUGAAUACUUUUUGGGCUAAUUUUCUUUGAUUUGCCAGGAGCUCAGCAAUUGAUUUUUGUCUUCCCAAAACACUAUAUAGCCAGCUGGCGAACACUACAAUAGUACAGUAUACGCAAAAAAUAGUUUGUUGCAUUGUGCCAAAAUUUUCAAGCGUCCCAUUUGGUGUGUAUUGCACCACAGACUUUGUUCUUUCUUUAAUGUUGGUUAUUCUCUUAACGCUCCACGAAUUUUUAACAUAUUUUGCGGAUCCUGACAAAACGAACACACAAAAAUUUGCCAGACAAAUUGAAGAAGAAGAAGAAGAGCCUCCAAUUAAAAAACUGCCACUCGAAAUUCUUGGCGCCAUUUUUGAAAAGGUAAGUUUUUAAAACACGUUUUACUAUUUCCACUAAUACUGUUUUUUAGCUUGAAUACGAUGAUGUUAAAAAAUUGAAAAUCUCGUCAAAGUUUCUUCUAAAUGCUCAUAAAUUAGAACGUCGAAUGAUUGUUGGUCCAACAUGUGAUGCUUAUGUGUAUUACCACAAAAACAAGGAACUCCAAUUAAAAAUAAAAAUGAUGGUAACAAUUCCAUGGAUAAGAAUACUUCCAUUUCAAAGAACAAUUGCAUUGACAAAAACUAUUCCACUUGAUCAAUGGAAUUAUUACUUCAAAAAUGCAAAAUGUAAAAAAUUUUGCAUGAUUGUAGAAGAAAAAGAAAUUCCAUUGGAAAUUUUGAAGAAAAUUCUGUGCUGUAAAUCGAUCGACAUUUCAAAAUAUUCCGGAACAUCAAUCAAUCAGAUGACUAUUGAUCUUCUUGCUUCAUAUAAGCCUCGAAUUUUCAAAAUUAUCAUGAAUGAUUGGGUUUUCCACACAAUGAAUAGUGCCAAAACUACAAACGUUUUGAUUAAAUGUCUUAAAAAUAUUGAUGAUGUUGUUGAAGCAAUCAAAUUCACUUAUGAUUCGAUUAUUAGUUUAUUCCCGGAAAUUUAUGAAAAAAACGAGAACUCCUUGAUGGUGAGUUUUUUAUGAAAACUUCUUCAAAAAAUUAUUUAUACAUUUUCAGAAACUCAAACCUAACACCGAAUAUUAUCCUUGUUUCUUUUUGCAAUUUUCUCCGAAUACAGAUAAUCAAAAAAUUCGAGAGAUCGAGCUUUUUUUGGAGAACAGUCUUUCAAAUGUUUAUGGAUUUCAUGUGGGAAGCAUAGUUGGCAGGUGGAACAGAAACCCCAAAGAUCUAUAUAUGUUGUGUAAGGUUUUCUGAAAUCCGCAUAUUUGGUGAAGUUGUUAUAACUGUUUUGUUACAUUUUAUUUCUAUAUUUGUUAUUUGAUAAAACCUUUUUUUAACUGAAGGUAUGAAUUUUCAAACUAACUCUCGCCAGUUCUAAAAUUUUAUUUUCUAAAUUUCAGUUGUCAUUUUGAACUCAAACACACAAUUUUUUAUGAAUAAAAAACGGAAACUCACUAAAUUAGCAUAACUCAAAAGUGGCCAAAAAGUUACCUAAUUUCACCAUCAAAAAAUUUAAAAAAAAAUCAAAUAUGUCUAAGUUUUUGGUCAUAAACCAACUACAACAUUUUUUUGAUAAUCAAAAACGCGUUCAAAUUUUUUGUGGUAUAAUCCUCAAAGUGCUUUUUGGCUACCUGCUCGAAUUUUUCUCCCUUGUUUGCUCCUCAACUCCUCCUCCUCCUCUUCUCGAUAAUAGUACAAUUUGACUGGUAGUGAUGCGAAAUUUCACUGAUAAUUAUCGUUUUCCUUUUUUUCCAUAUCACAUUUUUCUCUUUCUCUCGCACCUUUUACAACCGUUUGAAUAAACUUUUCAAGCUACUGUAGGAAUUUUCUCGAUUUAUUCUAGUUCUGGCAAAAUAAAGAAUGCGAUGGAUUAUCGCAUCAAUAUUUCUGCUCACAUUUGCUUUAUCGAAGCUGAAUAUUCAGAAUUCAACAAUUCCAGAUUUGGUGAGUCACAGGUUUCAAAAUUUUUCGAGAAAGAAUCUCGAAUUUUCAGACAUUUUUUGAUAACAAAGCAGAACUUCUUGAUGUUUUACAAAAAACUGAAUCCGAUGAUUACGCAUACAAUGAGAAAAUCCGAAAACGUCGUCAAGUCGCACGAUUAACAUAUCAACAAUAUCUAGACAAUUUAGGAAAAGCUGAUUACGAUGUUAGAAUUGAAGAAGGUUGGACAGAAAUAUUAUAUCCAUUUGGAACUUGGGCGAUGGAUGAUCAAUUAAUGGGACAAGCUGGCAGAGAGACGCAGACAAAUCUAGGCUUUGAUUGCCCGUUUUUUGGCUAUCGUUUUAAUUACACUUUUGUUUAUCCGAUGGGCAUGAUUUCAUUUUCGAUGCCACCGUUCACAGCGCCUCCUUGGACUUUUCCGAAUCCUGAAUGGCCGAAGCAGCGCGAUCAUUCUUUUAUUGCGCCGUUUUAUGCCGAUGCAAUGUUUCAAUGGAUUGGAUCAACGAAAAUUAGUAAUGUGUUUUUUAGAAGUGUUCAUAGACCAAGAGUGAGUUUGAAUUAGAAAGAUCGGAGCUGAUCCUUCACAAAAGAUCAAUCCUGCUCCAAUUCGGAUGUUUUCAAAACCCUGUCCGCUUCAAGAAUUUCCAAAUUAAAAUUUUCUGAAUCACGUCUAGUGACAUAUGACUUCAAUCCUCCGGUUACUGUGUACCUCACGAGUUCUUAUUAUUCUAAUCCAACUCUUGAAUGACUCAUCGUGUUCGAUUUUAUCUUGAUUCCCAAAACAAUCAAUACCCAAAUUUUGUUUCGAGUCAGUCUCAUGUGUUAUCUGUUACCAAAAACCAUUAAUAAUUAUUAUCAUUUUAUAACCGGCUUAUGUUUAAUGAUUUUCGAGAGUAAACAUUUUUAUACUGUUUUUACGGUGGACUAAUAUUAUUUUAAUGAUUAUAAGGAGCAAUGUUUACUGUAGAAACAAUGAUAACAAGCGGGGGAGGAAUUUCUAGUAACAAGAUUCAAUUUACAGUUAGACGAUGAUGAUGUUUAUACUUUGAAUAGUUAUGGAUCUCCAAAUUAUGGGCAAGCGCAAGCACAAUCAAAUUUGAAUCAACAAUAUUCGAAUACAAAUUUGUAUUCGGGAACAGGAUCGUCGCAAAAUCUGAAUGCCUAUACUCAAAAUCAACAGUACAAUCAGCAAUAUAAUCAAUAUGGAAAACGAAAAAAGCGACAAAUGCCUGGAAGAAUUUCGCAACCUGGAAUGGUUGUUGAUCCACUUUUACUUGAUAAUAUCACUCAACAUAUUAGAGUUAGUCAGAGAAUCAGCUGGGUAUAUGAAACUAAAAAAUGUCGAAAUUUUUUAGGAAGGUUACACUGGUGCUCAUGGUUUCCGCGCGGAACAUGCUUUUAUUGUGACUUGGUAUCGAAUGGCGUAUGGUGGAGCGCCGAGGGCUUUGGAUGUUUCGCAAUUUGAACACGUCAAAGAUUGGCAGAAUACGUUUCAGCUUGUUGUGGCAUCGGAUGAAAUAAGGUUAGAAAAUUCUGAAUGAAACUGGAUUUUAAGCUUCAAAAAUUCAUCCAGAGCCAAAAAAUCAUUCCAGAACUUUUGCAAUUUUCAAUUAUGCUCGUCUAAAUUGGACAUCAAGUAAUGAAGCUGGUGGUUUGAAUGGCUUCGGAGGUAAACAAGCAGCGAUGGCCGGAUUCAACGGGGGAAAUGGAACUGGAUGGUAUCAACUUCCAUACUCUGGACAUGGGCGUCUUUGGAAACUCGGAUAUUUUUCAAAUGUUCUCACGCCCGGAAGAUGGAUUCAUCGAAUUGAUGAAGCAAUUAUACCCGCCGGUUGUACCAAUACAUCAAAUGGAAAUGUUGUAACAUCUCCACCCUGGGGUGUUAUGCAGGGAGGAAUGGCUGUGAAUAUCUCGGGGCCGUGUUUGAGGGAUAAUGAUGUGGUUAAAGUGAAUUUUGAGAAUUGGCAGACGACGUGUAAAAGAUUGAAUCGAAUUAAAGCACGAUGUAUUAUGCCGAUGUUUCAUAAAAUUGGAGUUGUUCCGAUUAGAAUGAGUAGAGAUGGUGGACAAAGUUUUCCGUUUUUUGGAAAAUUUUAUGUUGGUGAGUGAAAUCUGGGGUUUUUUAAGAUUAACCUGAGCAAUGUUCUAGUUUUCGAAUUUUUCAAAAAUCUCUGAUUUGGGCAAUGUUAUGGGGCUUCAAAGUUUUUCAACAAACUUCAAAAUUCAAUUUUUCAGUGAAUCCUGAAAGAGCCCCAGCUUCUGUAUCUUUAAAAGAUUCGCUGGAGAACAAGACGAAUAAAUGGUCGGAACCGUAUGCGGAAGAAUUGCAAAUGACGUGGUCCGCUUUGAAUUUGACAUGGAAUACUGGAGCCAGAGUUGAUAUUAGCUUGUAUGGUUAUUGGGAAGAUGCGGAUAGAUCGCAUUUUGAGAAAAUUGAUUAUUUGGCGAAAGGAAUAUCGAAUACGGGAAGUUAUACGUUUCAUCCGAGACAAUUACCUAAGGAAACUUUGUUGAGAGUGAGUUUUGAUUGAGAACAAAUUAAAAACAACCAUCAAAAAUUCAUUAUUAGGAUUCAAAUUUGAAAAAUUUUUGAAAAUUAUUUUUUUGGGGAUUUUUUAAGGAUCUGAAAUCUUCAAAUGUUCUGAGUUACAUGGCAAAACUACCCCUCUAAUUUUCUGAAUCAAAAAAUUGAUUUUAAAAGUUCAAACUUGAAAAAAUUAUGAUAUCGAAAAUUCAUUUUUUGAAUUCGAAUUUGAAAAAUUUUUGAAACGUAUUUUUCAGGGUUUUUUUUUUGAGAAACUGAAUGGUCUGGAUUUUUCAAGAUAAAAGUUUUCUGAGCUAUAACGUGGCAAAACAAAACUUUUAUUUUUUGAAAAAAAAAAUUUUGAAACCUAUUUUUGCAGGGAUUUUUCGAAAAAAUCUGAAAUUUUCAAGUAACCAAUAAUUAUCUUUGGAUCCCAUUAAAAAUGUCAGAUAUUCAUAAAGCACCCAAAAGUAUAUAUCUAAAUAACUAAUCCCUCAAAUUUUCUAGAAUGCUUGGCAAAAGUUUCAUUUCGGCUUCGUUCGUGUUUCACUUUCUGACCAAGAAGACGGUGUAUUUUGGAGUAAACCCACCCCAUUCCCUUGGUAUCAUCUUGAUCAAUGGGAAUAUAAUUAUGGAAAAAGUUGGGCGAUUGAUAUGUGUAUUGAAUGGUUUGAAUACGAUGGAAAACGAAACAAUUUCCAAAUUGACUUAACAACUGAUUUCCCAUGUCCCUGUAAACUCGCACAAGCCGCCCUUGAUCUUGGUAGAUUUAUGCCUUUUAUGGAUUGCGAUAAAGAUGGAGAUACAUCUUGCCCAUUCAACAAAGGAGCACAGCAUUGUAUUCAAAGUGUUCAGCCAACUUUCAGUGGAUCCUCUCAACAAUGUUGCUAUGAUUAUGAAGGAUAUUUGAUGUUUACUGAUGAUUGGGAACCCGAUGGUGAUUAUACGCGAUUUUUCCAACCUGGAACUCCAGCAAGAGCACAUCGAUAUGGAAGUUCGCCUUAUCGAAUGCCCCCGUUUAUUCCAACUAUGUCCAACUAUCAAUUGGAUUUGCUACCCUAUCGAACAUGUUGCAAGUGAGUUCUAGGUAGAAGAUCCUACCUAAGAUAGAAAAUAUAUUUUUUCAGCUAUGCCCAACAUUGCGAAUUCUAUUACUGGCGUCGAAUGACAAAUGGUUGUCAAGACUAUAAAGCUCCAGCCGCUGGUUAUAUUUAUGGAGAGCCUCAUGUUGUGACAUUUGAUGGGAUUCGGUAUACAAUGCCUGGAAAGGGGUAUUAUGUUUUGGCGAUGAGUGAUAAUCCCUAUCAUAAAUUGAUGAUUCAAGUGAGAUUGGAACAACCUGAUGAUACACUUUGUGAGUUUGGGGGACCACCCAUGAAGCUUCUGAGCUUUUAAAAGUGCUCACAACUUUGAAAAAAAAAUCUGCGUUCGGGGGGAAUCGAACCCCCGUCGAAUGCUUGGAAGGCAUCCAUGCUGACCAUUACACCACGAACGCGUGAUGGAAAUUGAUGUGAAAAUUAUCAAGAUAAGGAAGCUGCUACCGCAAAAGAUAACACAUUCCUUCAAUGUGUUCAAAUUUACAAUAACUCUCAAAACUUCUAGGGCAUGCUCAUGUUAACGCAACAGUCAUCACCGGAAUCGCUGUGCAAGAAAACGAUAGUUCAAUUGUCCAGGUUUACGCUCGAAAACCAAUGCGAAGAUGGAGAUAUAAAACUGAUGUUUAUGUUGAUGGAUUCCGAAGAUAUUUCGAUAAACCACAUUGGAAACAUCAAACUUUUAAACGUGAGAGUUUCUAGGCAUUUCUGAAACUUUAAAAAUGUUUUGUUAAGAUUUGGAGAUCCGUAAUCCUUUGCAAAAUAUGAAUCAAUCAGAGCUAGUUAUCAUGUUAAAAUCUGGAGUUGGUAUUCGAGUUUUCGAGGGGCACGGAAUGCUGGAUGUUAUGGUGACCCUCCCACCAAGUUUCAAUUCAACAUGUCGUGUUGGUGAAUCUUUAUCUUCUGCACUAAAUUCUCCCACGGGAACUCGAAGAUGUUACACGACCCUAGGUCUACUUGGAACAUAUAAUAAUGAUCCAACAGAUGAUCUGACAACUCCAACUGGUACAGUAACACGUGUUUCGAAUCCGACGACUACAGCUUCAACAACGCAGAUGAUUUAUGAACAAUUCGCAUCGACUUGUAAGAAUUUUUAGAAAAAAUUUAGAAAAUUUAGAAAAUUUAGAAAAUAUUAUUUUGUUAAGGGAAAAUCGAUGGAACAAAUGAGAAACUUGGAAGUUUGCUGUUUCAAGACAAAUUCAAAUCCAUCUACAAUCCUUUGCUUUUUGCUGAAUCUGAUUAUCGGCCAGUUUAUUGGCCACAAGGAAUUGAUAUCAAUGCAUCGAGAGUGUUUACGAUGGAGCAGGUCAGUCACAGAGGAAAAAGUAGAUUUGAAAAAUUUUUUGAUAUACCGAUUUUUUUUAUGUUUUGACGCAGAUACAAAGCACUUCAACUCUUCAAAAAUAA